AUGUCUACCGCUACUACCAUGAAAGCCAUCGUUGUUGAGCAACCCGGUGGCGUUGAUAAGCUUCUUUACAAGGAUGUCCCUAUUCCCAAAGCCGAAGGAAACAAUGUCAUUAUCAAGAACCACGCUAUUGGCGUCAAUUUUAUCGACACCUAUCAUCGUACUGGUCUCUACCCAUUACCCACCCCUUUUAUCCCUGGCCGUGAAAGUGCUGGUGAAGUGAGUGAAGUGGGUCCUGAAGUCACUGAAUUCAAGGUGGGCGAUCGUGUGGUGUACUUUGGUGCUGAGACCUAUGCCGAGUACACUGCUGCCAAGGCUUCGGGUGUCGAAAAGAUCAGUGAUCAAGUAUCCUAUGAUCAAGCUGCCACUGUGGGCCUUCAAGCUCUUACUGCAUGGACCAUGGUGCGUGAUGGAUACCCUGUCAAAAAAGGAGAUGUCAUUCUUGUUCAUGCAGCUGCUGGUGGUGUGGGUCUUUUGCUUUGUCAAAUGUGCCGUUACCUUGGUGCCACUGUCAUUGGUACUGUGAGUACAGCUGAAAAGGCAAAGCUUGCCCACGAAAAUGGAGCCGACUAUACCAUCAAUUAUAGUGAGGAGGACGUUGUCAGCAAGGUCAACGAAAUUACAAAUGGAUUGGGUUGCCAUGCCGUCUUGGAUGGUGUUGGCAAGGAUACCUUUGAAAUCUCCAUGGCUUGUGCCCGACGAUUGGGUACCUUUAUCUCCUUUGGCAAUGCCUCUGGUGUUGUGCCACCGUUCCCUGUAGCACGACUUGCAGAAAAGAAUCUUAAAUUCAUGCGUCCACAAUUGUUCGCUUACAUGGCAACCCGUGAGGAAUCGAAAAAGUGGUGGGGCGAAGUGUGGGAUCUCCUUGCCAAUGGUCAUAUUAAGACCCAUGUUCACAAGGUGUACGAUCUUAAGGAUGCUGCUCAAGCUCAUGUGGAUAUUGAAAGCCGAAAGACUACCGGUAAAUUGUUGAUCAAGCCUUAG